AUGAGAACUGACAAUACUGGGACUACUAGUACUACAACAACUGCUACUGGGAAUAUUACUCUGCUAGAGGCUAUGUGCCGAAGAAUUUGUCUUUGCCACUUUGAACCUCAGUAUGAAACAAGGAGCAAUAGGCUUAGUCCAGCUGCAGUGCCUACCCUAUAUUUGCAAGGUGAUGCUAGCGAUACUGCUGUUGAUUUUCCAUUACAAGAAUACAGUCACCCGCUUUGUACAGAGAAUCAAGAUGAAUUCCCGAGUUCGGUUAUUAGCACAGGCGACAAUGAUU